GCCACAUUCAAACGUCGUUCGUAGAAUGAAGACCGAGUGAGUAAAAUUCUGAACAAACCUAUGGCUACAGCGGCACCGGAAGCAAGAUUUCUUACGUCUGAAGACAGCAGUCUUAGAGAUUCGCAGCUAAACAAGAGUUUGACGAGCAUAGAAUGGCUCAACGAGCUAGAGCCGACCUCUCUGCUAACGUCACAACUUACGUCAUCGCGUGCAAACCCUUGCAAACGCCCUGCAGCGUCUGACGCCAAUGCAGAGCCUGCAAAGAAGCGCAAGUCUACGGAGAGCACGGGCACGACGCCUCCUCAUCUGCAGAAGCCGCCGUUUAGCUAUGCAACGCUCAUAGCAUUUGCAAUCAACAGUGGCCCGGAUAAACGUAUGACACUGAGUCAGAUCUAUGAAUGGUUGGAGACGAACUUUCCGUUUUUCAAAACGGCGAAAUCGGCUUGGAAAAAUUCUAUUCGUCACAAUCUCUCCCUUCGUAACACUUUCGUCCGUGAAAGACGCCUCCCACACGACCUAGGCAAAGGCUCCUACUGGAUGAUCCGACCAGGAGAAGAAGAGAAAGUCCUUCAGACGACAUUCCGUGAGCUUCGACAGCAGCAAUCAUACAGACAAAUCCAACUGCACCCACAACUACAAGCAAAAGGAACGACAAAGUUCACUCCGAUAUUGCCACGCAUGCCAGUCAUUCCACUACAACUGGACUAUGGAAAUUCUUUCACGUCGAUGAUCAACCAACAUUUACUACAACAACAACAACAACAACAACAACAAAUGUAUCUCAACGUCCCACUUAGUCUAGAUGCGAGACCGAGAGAACGUCUCAUUAUGCCCAACGGGUCAACAACGCCAGUUCAUCAUCCACAUCCGAGUGAACACACGAGGGACGAAUUAAUCAUGCACGAAUGCAAAGUGGUCGGAGAGGGAGGCGAGGGGUUGGUGAACGACCACACUUAUUGUAGCAUGCUAUUUCAGUAUAAAAGUGAGCACAUUGACAAUGACAUGUUUGAGCAUCCGGACCCCUAUUUCGGAGACUUCAUAUCCGACAUCAACAGGAGAGACUCGUCGCCAUUCAAUCGGUCGACGCCGACCAAACAAAUCAGUCCAAACUUUUUCUCUCCAAGAGUAUCCCCGGAUGAUGACGUCAUCAAAUCAGAAUUUGGAGAUAUAAAUGCUUCGUUUACAUUUACAUCAAAUGGAUUGAUAUCGACUCCGUGGAAAUACGAUUUUGUCAUGACGUCGUAUCCUAACACGCCGAUACGUACAGGACUGACUCCGACGAGAGGCAUCGACUACGAGGACUACGGUUCACUGAAAAUGUUAGGAUUGUCCGGUCUAACGCCAUUCAAGUCGACCGAAAUCGAGAACGACUCACUCAACGUUUCCGGGCUUGAACGACUGCUUGACAUGUAAAUAUCAUCUUUCUCUUGUUUGGUUGAUAACAAAUUGCGAUGAAGUUUUGUUCAUAUUUAUAUUGCAUAUUUUUAUACAACAGCGGCGAGUACCGUAGUGUACUCCUUUCAAUCGUUUAUAUUCUUGAAUAUUGUGUGUGUAUGUAGCUCAACUGAUCAAACUUCCAUGACAAUAGUAUUGGUUUUUGUUAGUACUUGAAUACAGUAACUGGAUAGGAAAGAAUGUUAGUGUGUACU